UGAACCUCGCGCGACCCCUCCGCGAGGCUGCCGGAAGUUGCGCUGCGCCCAGUGUCUGAGCGCCGGGGGAGAGCGCAGCGGAGCGGGCCCCGCGGAGCCACACGGAGGUGCCCGCCGUCGGAGUCCCUUCCAGUGUAUGUGUGGUAACAACAUGUCUGUCCCCCUCCUGGCUGAUGCAGUGACUGUCUCGGGGGCAGAGCGGGAGACUGCAGCGGUCAUCUUUUUACAUGGGCUGGGAGACACAGGGCACAGCUGGGCUGACGCGCUGUCCUCCAUCCGACUCCCCUACGUGAAAUACAUCUGCCCUCAUGCGCCCCGGAUCCCUGUCACCCUCAAUAUGAAGAUGGUCAUGCCCUCCUGGUUUGACUUGAUGGGACUGAGCCCAGAUGCGCCAGAGGAUGAAGCUGGAAUCAAGAAAGCUGCUGAGAACAUCAAAGCCAUCAUUGAGCAUGAGGUGAAGAAUGGGAUCCCACCCAACCGCAUCAUCCUGGGGGGCUUCUCGCAGGGCGGUGCGUUGUCGCUGUACACGGCGCUUACCUGCCAGCACCAGCUUGCCGGCAUCGUGGCACUCAGCUGCUGGCUUCCGCUGCACAAGACUUUCCCUCAGGCAGCAAGUAACAGCGUGAACAAGGACAUCGCCAUCCUGCAGUGCCAUGGGGAGAUGGACCCCAUGAUCCCUGUCCGCUUUGGGGCCCUCACUGCCGAGAAGCUCAAGUCAGUUGUCACCCCCACCAAGGUGCAGUUCAGAACCUACCCCGGCGUCAUGCACAGCUCCUGCCCGCAGGAAAUGCUGGCCGUGAAGGAGUUCAUUGAGAAACUGCUGCCCCGGAUCUGAGCACAGCCACUCAAGACUGUCGCGGGGAAGGACGCGGAGGUCACGGCCGCCGACCUCGCGCCCCAGACCCGGCCGCUGCAACCGGAAGCCAUGGCAACCAACCUCGCCUCCACUCGCGCCCUUCCUCCUCCUGCCUCUGCCCGGGGCAUGGGGCUGUCGCCCUGGUGCCCAGAGCCGAGCGGAGCUUUCCCUAGGGCUCCUGCCUCGGACCGUGCACCGUGCGUUCCCCUCCCUGCCCUCAUGCUCAUUGCCCCUGGCGGGUCUCCCUCCCUUGGUUCUCCCUGGCUCCAGCCCUGGGCGCAGUGUGCACAGGCUGGGGCCCUCUGGGUUUUCUCUGCUGUUACAGUGUUAUGGGGGUGUCUGCGGAAGCCGGGGGGGUGCUGGCCCCCGCUGCCCCAGGCACAGCCCCACACCAGCCUCAUACAGAUAAUCGCCCCUUCCCACCACUCGCAAUCUGCGCCUGCUGGGUACUGGCCCUGCAGGCAAAGACAAAUCCCUGCCGUUUACAGCCAGCUCCCUGGCACGGGGGCUGCCCAGGUGCUGGCCUGAUCCUCUAUAUCUCUCGCUGCUACUCCUUCCCUCAUUGCAAGGCCAAGGCAGGGAGUGGGGAAGUCUCAAGCUGCCAGGACCUGCUGCAGGCUGGGAUUGCCGCCAGCUGGGCUCACUCCCACCCUCACCUCACCAGCAUCUGCCCCAGGACAACCGUGGCCUGGGCUAGCGCAGCCCCUGCUCAGCCCUCUCCUGGGUAAGGGCCCUGCCCUCUUUACUUUAAGCAGUAGAUGGUCUCACAGCCUCCUGCUGGGCCAAGGCAGGGCCUGGGGUGAAAGCCACCCUACUUAAGGGCCUGCUUCUCUCUGGGAAAGCAGUCCCUGGAGCUGGCAGGAGUGGCCUGCAGGUGCAGGUUCCAAGGCCCCCCACACUCCCAAGCUGUGCCAGCCUCUCUGAGCCCUCCCCCUAGCCAGGCCCUUCCAGCUGAGGGCUGGACUCUCAACACCUCUCCCCUCCCGUCUGCUGAGGUGGCCUGAGGGGCUUGCUGUUGAGCAGCACCAGCCCCGUCCCCCAUGGGCUGAGCCUGCAGUGGUCUUGGCCCUGACCCCAGCCGGGUGCUGGAGCUGAGCGGCACGUGUCUUUUACACAAACGUCCGAGGCUAAGGGCUGAAGUCUUACUCCCACUGCCUACACUCCAGACCCAGCAGCCUCCUGCUGCAUGUACCGUGCAUGACCCCUCCCCUGCCUGGGGGCACCAAGCUGGCAGCACCAGCGGAGCAAGGGGAUACUUGCCCCCAUUGCAUGCUGGAGCCUGCCCUGUACAAGUGUGGGGCAGAGCAUGGCUGGGGUCUGCAGGAUUGCAAGAGGGACUGCUGGGUCCUGGCAGGGGAGAAGAGGAGUAGCUGGGCCCUAAAUUAGGUCAGGCUCCCCCAGGCCAGGCUGCGGGGAGCAUAAGACUGGUGCACAGUGGCAGCUGCCACCUCACUCCCCAGCCAAGCCCCCGCUGCGCACAGCAAUAACCCUUCUAGAGCCUCAGCUGGGGCAGGCCCAGUGGGGACCUCAUGGCCACAGCCCCCCUCCUUGCUUUGGGCUCCAUCCUGCUGGUCACAGCUGCCCCCUGCUCGCCAACCCGGUCAGAGGCACAAGGGUGGGGUGGACAGAGGGAGCAGCAGCCCCCCUGGAGGCUGGGACGGUCCUCACCCACUACCUGUGCAGCAGGGAUCAGUGGGUCUGGCCCUGGCGCCCCCUCGCUCUUGGCCUGGCCCUGUCCAAGGCAUUCCACGCAGCUGCUCGGUGCCUGGGGGGGCACCGCCCAGAGCCCCCAGGAGCUGGGCAGAGGCGCUGUCCAUUCCACACACGGUUUUUAUUUUCUCUCGUCUUCCUUGUAUGUGUUUUAGGUUAUUUUUUGGGUGGUUAUUUUCCCCCUCCUGUUCCAGAGAUUAAAUAAACCAUGGACCUCUC